AUGGGGCAACGAACAUGCCUGCACUUGCACGGGGCUCUCCCGUACUUCUACGUGCCAUAUGAAGACGGCCUGCCUCAAGACAUCGCUCAAGCACAAGUCUUCAUGCGUCAGCUCGCUUCAGCACUGGAGUAUGCACUCAAGGUUGCAAGCCCCUAUGCACGCAAGAAGCAGCAUGUGCAUGCAUGCUCUCUGGUGCGAGCUCUUCCAUUCUACGGUUACCACCCCAACGAAUCCCUCUUCAUCAAGCUGGAGAUGUUCUAUCCGGAUGAAGUGACCCGUGCUGCAUCCAUCCUUCAGUCAGGAGCAGUGAUGGGACGAGUGUUCCAGCCAUACGAGUCCCAUAUACCGUAUCUCCUUCAAAUCAAGAUUGACUACAAUCUCGUGGGCAUGGGUCUCGUCCGCCUCUCCCAAGUCCUCUUCAGACCACCGCUUCCCACCCAUCCGCCUCCUCACACCUCUCCCGCUCCUCUUGCUAAUGCUGCCGCCGCUGCUGCUGGGAAUACUUGUGGGGAAUCCAAGAGAAUCCGAGGGGUGUAUUUUGCAAGCAACGUCCCUCCAGGGUGCUUGUGGGGGGCUGGAGAGAAGGAGGACGCAUGCACAUUUGAGGCAAGGGGAAGCAUAGGGAGGAAGAGGGGGAGAUGGUGUGAGGAGAAUUUAUCUGCAAGGCAUGAAGGGGGUGAAUGGAUCGGCUUGCAUAGGGAUGGUGUGCGGCGGCAGAGUGUGUGCGAGCUGGAGGCGGAUGGGUGCGUGUCAGACAUACUGAACGUGAAUGACCUUCUGCGGGUGCCUCUCCACGAGGCUGGGGACAACAUUCAGAUGGUGCCCUCUCUCGCCCCCAUCUGGGAGCCCGCCAACCUGCAAUCUCCAGCACAGACAGCAGCGGGAACCAUGGGUUCUGCUCGGAUGGGAGGAACAAAUACUCGUGAUGGCAUGGAUGGUGGGGACAGAUGGGUGGAGAGCGGUGGUGGGAUGGAAAGUGCGAGGAAGCGGAGGAGAAGAGUGUCGUUUCAAGGUGCUGCUGAGGCGAGGGAGGGAGACGAGGAGGAGGGGGGGCAUGCUGCUGUAGGGAGGGGCGGCGAUGUUGAUGCAAAUUGUGGUGGUUCUGAUGUGCAUGUGGGUGAUGGUGGUGAAGCAAUGGUGCCGCUAGUGGAUGAACAUGUGGUUGUCACACAGCUGUCGCAGGAACAGAUGCAGCAGGUGAACCCCUUUUUUUUCACCCCCAGAGGAGAGAGGAGGCGGGCAGCAGUGGAGCGAGCGUGGGAGGCGUAUGAAGCGUCUGUUGCAGAGGAGUGUGAGGGGAUUCUGGCGAGUGUGAGGGAGAUGGGAGAGGAGUGGGGGGCAGAGGAAGAGGAGGAGGAGGAAGAUGAAGAGGAAGGGAGGGAGGAGGAAAUGAGAGGGGAGGAUUUGAGAGAAGAGUGGGAAGAAUGGAUGCAGCAGGGUGGGGGGCGACGAGAGGAGGUUGGAGAGAGGGAAGCACAAGGAGUGGAGGGGAGAGAGGAUAGGCAGGGUCCGAUUCUUCAAGAGUCAGGAAGAAGCAAAAGAGAGGGUAAGGGGUGUGGGCAAGGAGCAGUGGGUGGUGCUGGUGGGGAGGCUGAACGUGCUGCAACUGCUGCUGCUGCUGCUGCUGCUGCUGCUGCUGCUGCUGCACCUCUCGAUGAAGCAGCUGCUGCUGCUUCAGGCCAAGAGGAUGAGCGUCACGAGCCGACUGCAGCGCCAGGCAGCAGCAGCAAGCCAGACGAAGCUCCCCAGCCAGCUCACACGCCACUGUCACCUGUUCCUGCUGCCUCCCCUUCUCAGCUUCCCAACGCCUUCCUUCCAUCCCGCCGCAUUCCUCAAGUGCUAACAGGGAGGCCUGCAUCGAGCCUCUUGUUACAUUCACAUUCAACAGAAGAACGGUUGGUGGAUCCGUUGGUGUAUCACAGGGCGCCUCCCUCGUUGCAGGAGCUGAGGGACACGUGGCAGGCCCAUGGCUUGCCACGUGUGCAGUGGCCUGACGUGUACUACGGUGACGUCAGGGACGUGCCAGAGAGGCAUCCUGUUUUUGGCGGGAAGGAUUUCAAAAGUUUUUGUUUUUUACCAUGUUGUCUGAAUUUCAAUGUGUUUUGGAUUUCAACGGUCAUCCCUACUUAUUCUCUUUACCCUUUUCUGUCCAUCUAUCCCACUGUACCCCCCUCUCACCCGCCCGUCCUGCAGUCCUCUCAGCGCACGAAGCUCACCUCCCUUCCUUCCCCUUCGCCCCCUCCGGCCCUCGCUCCCACUCCACCUUCAACACAACCACACCUUUCCUCACUCUCGCCGCACUCACCCCUUCCUCCACCUCCCUCCCCGGCUUCCUCGACGCACCAGACCACUCUGCACCCAUCUGUCCCAUUCGCCCCUUCAAUGGCGGUAGCACCAGUACUGCAGUUGCAGCGCCGGUUGCAGUGCCCACUGCAGCAGCUGCAGCAGCUUCGGUGCGCUGGCCUGCCCCUAGGCUGGCUCGGGAGGGGGAGCCCGUACCUGGCUUUGCCGGCUCAGCAGCCGCCCUCUCGGCGGCGGGUAGAGGUUUGGGCGAUAAGAGAAGGGCUGCUGCAGAGGAGGAAGGAUAAGCGUGCUUCUUACUUGAGAAGCAGAGGAGGGGACAGGAGGGACCCGAGCAUGAAAGGAAGUAAGGAGGAAGAGGAAAGACCGCUGUCAGCUGGUAGUGCUGAUGCCGAACCUGAUAGAGGUGCUGCCGGUGGUGCUGGUGGUACUGGUAUCGAUGGUGGUGCACCCACUAACGGUGGUGCUGGUGGUACUGGUAUCGAUGGUGGUGCACCCACUAACGGUGGUGCUGGUAUCGAUGGUGGUGCACCCACUAACGGUGGUGCUUGCAGUGCAGCACAACCCAGUGACGAGCAGCGGGCAGACUUUGCCCUCGAUCCCAACACUGGCCAGUUGCUUGUGGGAGGGGCUGGUGUGAUAGGCUUGGAGGGGGGAGGUAGGGAGUCUCGGAAAGGGUUGGUGGUUGGGAAAUCAAGGAAAAGGGAGGUAGGUUGUGGGGGAGGUGGAAUCAGGAGGGACGGGGGUAGGCGGGGUGUGGAGGCGAGGAGAGGAGGUGGGGGGAGGAGGAGGAGUGGGGAGAUGGGGGACGGAGGGGAGGAGGGGGAGGGGGAGUUUGGGUGGGGGACGUGGAGUGAUGUGGGGAGGUGGAGGAGAGAGGUUGAGGAGAUGGGGGAUGAGGAAGAGGAGGGGGAGGACGAAGAGGAGGGAGAGGAGGGAGAGGAGGGCGAGGAGGGAGAGGUCAGUAACGAGGAUGGCGAUAACGAGGAUAGAGAGGAGGGUAGUGACGGUGACAAAGAGGAGGAUGAAGAAGAAGAGAUAUUUGAAAGGCCUGCGUCGCCGAAGUGGACUGAGGGGCACGUGCUUACAACGCAGCUGCUGUCACCCCCCAUACAGUCACAAUCGCGCCUCAGAUCCCCCCCCUGGAGCAACGGAUCAAGAUCGAAGUCAAAGCCCAAAUCAGAACGAAGGAGGAGAAUAAUCCGAGAUGAAGCAGCAGCAGGCGACAAGGAGAGUGGAAGAAAGGAGGGACCUCUGAUCCCAGUGUCGUUUGAAUCCCAGGGGAUUCUGAAGUCACCAGCCGAUCAUUCUCGUUUCCAUUCUCCUGCUCAGUCUUGUGCUCGUGUCAGCUUUAGCUCCAUGCCUCCUCCUCGCAUCCCCCCUUCUCUCCUCCGCAUGUCCACAACCGCUGGGGCCGCUGCCAGUCCCACCACCACCACCCCUGCUUCUGCUGCUGCUGCUGCUGCUGCUGCUGCUGCUGCUGCUGCUGCUGCUGCUGCUGUUGCCACCACCACCGCUGCUUCUGCUGCUGCUACUUCUGUGCGUGCUGUUUCUGGACAGUCACCAAUAGGGAAUUCAUCUCUCCCUAUUGGAGAGUCCCCCCCUACACCUCCUUCUCCUGCUACCACCGGUCUGAACCCCUCUCACCCUUCACCCACUCUCCUCCAGUCACCCCCUCUCAUCCAAUCGCCCCCCCACACACAGAGUUUUCGCCCUCCCCUUUCUCCCUUCACCUUGCCCCCCUCCCCGUCCUCCACCUCUCCUGUUUCUCCAGAAUCGUAUCAUAUCCAAUCUAGCAGGAUCCCAGGUGGAAAUUCAGGUGUGCUCAGGCCGUUCGGUGAAGCUGGUCCUGGGAUUUGGAAGGGGCAUGCCCUCGGCCAAUCAGGGGCUGCCAGGUGGCGAGAUUUCUCCCAGCUCACCCCAGCAACCCAGGCUGCCACUCCGGUCAGCCAAUCAGGAUUCAGGGAGAGUAAGAGUGGAAAGAAGGGGAGUGGAAAGGGGAGUGCUGAGAAGGGGAGUGGAGCGAAAGUGAGAAGAGAGGAAACGAGUGAAGGGGGAGGUGAGAGAAGUGGAGAGAAUGCAGAGGGAGAGGCGGAAAAAAGGGGAACAAGGGAAGUUGGAGUAGAGAAAAGGAGGGAGGAGAAGCAAAAAGGGGAAGUGACGGAGGGUGAGGAAGGUAGAGUGAAAGGCGAGGCAGAGAAGGAUGCUACAGCAGCUACAGGAAGAAACACAGGCGAGAAAAAGAAGAGAACUUGCUUUUCCCCCUCCCCUUCUCCCCCCUCCUCGUCCUCUUGCUGCGAGCACGUGGUGAGCAUGAGUGCAGAGGUGCUUGCGUGCACCAGAGGGGACUUGCUGCCUGACCCUGCACUGGACGCGCUGUGCUGUGUCGUUCUCGCCACUCAGGGGGAGGGGGAUGGGGAGGUAGAUGGGGAGGGGUACUGUGAAGGGGAGACGGAGGGGAAGGAGGCGGAGGAAGCGGAGGAGGGCGAGGGGAGGGAAGAGAGUGGGAGAGGGGAGGCAGCAGGGAGUGGUGGCGGGAGAGGGAGGGGACGAAUCAGGUUGAGGAGAGUUGGAGGGAGGGCACAGGUGGAUGUGUUGAUCCUGGAGGAGACCCCUUCGGACAUCUGCCGCAGGUACUUAAUCCUUGUGCUCCUCUCUUCUGUUCCCUCUCUUGAGGUUUUGUUGUUGGCGCUCCUAGCAGCAGUGAGCGGUAGCUUGAGCGGGGCUGAGGCACGUUGGUUGGAGGGAAGGCACAGGUGGAUGUGUUGA